AUGGCCACCACGCUCAAGUACAGCGCCAACGUCGAGAUGCAGGCCAAGAACUGGCUCGGCCUCACGACGUGGAAGUUCCAGAACUGGGCGCUCGACGGCAGCUCGCUCACGAUCGCCCACGCCAGCUGCCUCAAGCGCGACGCCAACAGCACCGUCAAGUACACGGUCGUGCACGGCGGCGCGUGGAGCGCCCAGCAGUUUGGUCUCCGGGUCCAGACAAUCGAGAACGGCGAAAUCUUUGCCUGCGCGACCUCCAAGACCGCGUGGGCCAUGUGGCUCAACGCGUUCUUCGCCCUCGACGCCAAGAACAAGCUGCAGACGUCGCGCGACUCGACGACGUCGACGACCGAGACACAAGGGAGCGACGACGAGCGCUCCAUCACCGACUCGCCACCGCGGCGCCUGACAAAGAAGGUUUCGUUCAGCGGCGACGUUCGGGUGCGCAUGAUCGAGCCGCGGCAACCGACCGAGCCCGAGCUGAACGCAAAGUUUGCCCUCCAAGCGGCCAUCUUUAGCUGCUGA